AUGUCAAAAGUAAUAUCACCUAUAGUUUUUAGAUCUAAAUAUUUUAAUUCAUAUAUAAAUAAACAAUUUUUAUAUUUUAAUAAAAAAUCUAAUAAUAUUUCUUAUUUUAAAUUUUUUAAUAUAUAUAUUAAUUUACUUUAUUUAGUUAAAAAAAAUUUAAAUUUAAUUAAUAGUUAUAUUUUAAGUAAAUAUUUAUUUACUAAAGUAGAAUUUAUAAAUAUUAAAAUUAUUGUUAUUAAUUUUAUAUUUUCAAGAAUAUAUAAUAAAAAAGUUAUUAAUAUUAUUAAAAAUUUAUUUUUAAAUAUUACUUUAUAUUUUAAUUAUUUUAAAAAUUAUAAAUUUUAUGGUAAAAUAAAAAAUUUUUUUAUAUUAAAAUUAUCUAAUUUAACUUAUUAUAAUUUAAUUGAACCUUUAAGUAGUUUAAAAUUUACUUUUUAUGAUUAUAAAAAAUUUAAAAAAAGUAUUAUUUUUUAUUGUAAUAAAGUUUUUAAAUUUAAAUAUAAAAAAAGAUUUAAUGUAAUAGGUAUUAAAUUUAUAUAUUCAGGUAGGUUUAAUAAGUUAAAUAAUAGAUCAAAAGUUGAUAUAUAUUCAAUAGGUAGUUUAUAUAUGCAAACUAUAACUUCUAAAUUUUAUUAUUUUACAGAUAGUAUAAAUACAGAUAAAGGAGUUAUAGGUUUAAAAAUUUGGAUAAAUGUAAAUUAA